GGUCAGAACAGCCCAGGAGCACAACCAGGAUCCAGAGAGGCUGUUCCUUCUCAGUGUUUACCUGGGCAUGGGGUUCGUGGUUGGUUGUAUUGGACUUGGCUACAUCACCAUCAGGAAUAGCAACGAGUGUUACAUAUCAAGGUGGGUGUUACAAAUCAAGGCAGGUGCAUAGCAAUGGCAAUGAGUAUUAAAUAUUAAGGUGAGUGGUACACAUCAAUUUGAAUGCUACAUAUCAGUUUGAAUGCUGGGUGGCCGAGCAGUCUAAACUGUCUCAAACCAAAUAGUGGGUGGCCUGGAGUUCAAUCCCCACAAAACCCAACAUCCCAAGCACCCCUGGUGGAUGGGACUCGUUAGCCUUGGACGGCAACCCAUCUAAGAUAAUGCAAACUCUGAAUUUAAACCAGGAGCGAGAAUGAUCAACAAAUUGAUCGUGGGCCCCUCAAAGAUAAGAAGAAGAAGAAUGCUACAUAUCAAGGUGAUUGCUACAUAUCAAGGUGAGUGCUAGACAUCAAGGUGAGCGUUCUGCAUCAAGGGUAGUGCUACAGAUCAAGGAGAAUGCUACAUAUCAAGGGGAGUGUAUAGGAAUAGCAAUUUGUGCUAUAAAUCAAGUGGAGCAUAUGAGAAGGAUAGCCAGUGAUAGAUUUAUAUGAAAGGUUUCCCUCAUUUACCAUGAUGGCUUACUGUCAUCACUACAGACAUUAUUAUAGCACUCACUUUACAAAGGUUUAUUUAUUUUAAACCCCUUGUAAAUCUAUCUUCUCAAAGGGCAAACAUAUUAAACAAGAAAUUACCAUAUCUGAUUAAGGAUGAAUCAUCCUAGGCAUCCUUAGUAAAAAAAAGUAUGAUCUCUCUAUAAAUGGAUUAGCAUGAUGAAAAAAUGCAUAAAUUACUAAUUAUCUGAGAACUUUUUUUACUUUAUCUUUAAACUUUACGAUUCUUGCUUUUAAAUAGUUUCAAGAACAAGAAUUUUUUUAUCACAUCUUUAGGAAUAAUUUUGUCAGCUAAUAUUGUAACUUGUUUUCUAACAGUCUUAUGUCAUGUAUUUUCAUGGUUAAAAAAAUACAAAAAUCAUAAGAAUAUGAAUUUAAUAUUAGAUUUGUGACUAAAAUUUAUUGUUUGAAUUUCAACAUUUCCGUCAUUGUUAAUAUUAUUAGUAAUGACAGGGAAAUAUUGUUUUUAAAUAAGCAUUUGUUUAGAUCAUUCAUAUUACGAGUUCUUACAAAUCUGAAUAUUUUAGAAAAAUUUAGAACCAUGACAAGCUGUAUUAAAAAACUCCAAUUAAUUUGAAGCCUAAUUUAUGUGCUACUACUUAUUUAUAUAUUAAAAUUGAAUAUUUUUAAACAUUUAAUCAGAAGACAUCUGUGCCAGACGUCUGCCAUUCUGUGUGGCCUGUUCACACUGCUACUACUAAUGGCAACUGAUGAGAGCUCUCAUGCAUUGUAUGCCUGGGCCUAUGGCAUCUGCUGUGGGAGUUAUUACUACAGGUAAGCUAUGACUUUUUAAUAAUGUAGCCGAGUGGUGACGUAGCUUACAGUUUAAAUAAAAUCACAAUAAAACAAUCAGGUCUGAGAACUAUAGCUUUUUAAUGUAAGGUACAAUCCAUUGACAGAGCCGACAGGAAAAUCUCUCACACCUGCCACCGACCCGACGCAUCCGUUCCACAACACAAUCUAAAAAAUGUACACACUCCAAGUCCCAGUUCGCCCCCCCCCCUCCACACAGUCUUUGGGAACCCGCGUCCCGAGGUGACCAUGGGUCAACCCCGGGGCAGGGAUGGUUAUUCCCCCGUGUAAAUAGCCGACAUAAAAUUUAAGGCUAGUACACAGCUGUGUGUUACUUUAAAUGACCAUGGAUGUGUCCGUGCUUGGGGUUACCCAUAGCAGUCACACUAUGACUAUGAGAGUGGAUUCUCUUAUUCCUAUCUGUUCCAUACUGCCGCAUAUAAAAUGUUACCUAAAAGCAGUUGCAAAUAGUGGCACAUUGCCACAAUAAAUUUAUCCAACUGUAAUUAAUUAUAUUAAACAAAUCUACUAAUCUCUGACAAACUUAAUAUUUGUUGUGUUUAUUUAAUCAAAAGUUUGUCAGAGUGUUGAAUUUAUCAAAUUCACUCCAUCAUUAUGAUCUUUAUUAAAAUUUUACAGCCCUUACACACUUUUACCAUGCACUGUUUUACAUAGUCUAAAAAAAUAGUUUGACACAAUGCUGUAAAUUGAAAGAUUUUAGCUAUUUAUUUUAACAUCAAGAUCUAUAUCAAAGUUCAAAUUUGUAACAUUGAAUUUUGAGGUAUUGAUAUCAAAAUGAACCAUUAACAACUUUAUAUGGUUUGUUCUUAUUUAGAUGAGUGAUAAGUGCAUUAGUGAGUUGUAUUUGGCUAUGAAUUUUCAUUGCCCUUAAUGGCUUAAACUGUAUUUUUUCAUUUAAAAUAUUUUUGCAUGUUAAGUUUUUUAUAUUUUAUAGAAUUGAUAAAAGGACAAUUUUGGAAUAAAAAAUAAUUAAAACUUACUAAAAGUUAAAAAUACAAAACUAAAAUUUGGUAUGGCGUGUUAACAAUUUAAAAAGCAAUCAAUGAUAUUUAUUAAAUUUCUUUUAAUAAAGGGGGGAAACAUUGUCAGGUUUGUCAAACGCGUUUAUUAACUGAAGGAAAUUUAAAGCUUAUAAUUUGCAAAUUUCAAUUAAGUUUUCAUAAGAGUAUUCUUCUUUUUCUUUCUUUAAGUUCAAUCAAAAAUUUUAAGUUGAUAUUAUUUGAAGACUUCAUUUAAAUUUAAUUUUGCAAUAUUAACAAAGCAAUAAAAUUAAACAAACGAUUUUUGGUUUUCCCGUUAAAUGUUAUUAUAAAUUAAUUAUAGUAAUACUUAGAUGAUAAUUUUCUGACAUUAUAAAGAAUACGGGAAUCUUAACUUUCAAAUUCGGAUAAAAUCAUUAAAAACAUUAUUUUAACGUAUUUAUAAUAAUAAUACUUUUUUAUAUGUCUAAGUAUUAUCAGAUAUAUUUUAUUUUUAUCAUAUUAAAAUUGAUUUGAUAUCCAAAAAAUAAUGGAAAAUCCCUAUCAUUGUUUUUAAGUACCCGAACAUAUUUGAAUAGAUUGGGGUUUUUUAGUGUUAUAUUAUUAUAUAUAACCUUAGCUCAUUCUUAAAUAUAUAUAUAUAGGCCUAUAUGUAAUUAUGUUAAAAUUUGUAAAUAAAUGACAGUAGACGAUGAUUUGCAUAAUGAAGAGAAGUAAUAAGAGCAACAUUAGCAAAUAGGAAAUAACCACCCAAGUGGUGCUAAAUUAUAUGUUAUCAAGGAACUAUUCACCCAGUAACUAAUCAAUCUUCAUGCAAUAUAUGAUUCCAAUAAAACUUAGGAAUAAAAAAUUGAUUGUAGCUUGAUAACAAAAACAAGUAAAAUCAUUAUGAUGUGAUAAUGAUUUCUUUAUUGCUAGGAUAUAUUUAUAAAACAUGCAACCAUUUAUCUAUAAUAUUUAUUGGUUGAACGUAUUACCAGAAAAUCAAAAUUCUUAAAAUAAAUGUGUAUCUGAAAAUAUAGUAAUUUUAUGGAUGGUUUUGAUCAUCUAGCGGUUCCUCCUAUUACAAGGCUCCCUUGCCCCUGCCAUCAUCCCAAAAAUUAUGACUGGGAUCACCUACUUUUUUGUGGGGUGAGAGGACUGACUGCAUUUGGUAAUCUUUUAUAAAUAUGUAAACAGCAUCAUUUUUAAUAGUGAAAAACACAAACGAUAUUGAAAUGAAAUUAAUUAAACUUCUAGUAAGUUUGUUAAAGGGAAUUUUUAGUUUAAAUAAUUCUAUAAUGAAAUUAUUCAGCACAGUAGGUUUUGAAAAAUGAAAUAAAAUAGAAGCAUAAUAAAUGACAUGAUUUAAAAAUUAACAAAAAUUGAACCAUGAAUUUUUAUGCCCAUUAAGGAAAGGUGCAUAUACCCACUAGGGGUGGUGUAAGGUGCUGCAAGAAGAGCCAGAAAAUCCAGUUUUAUUUGCAUUUUUAUUUUGAAGGAUGUAGGAAAAUAAGUUUUGAAAUUGACAUGGCAGUUUGAGGGAAAUGUUUUGAAAUCAAGAAAGGGUGUGCACUGCAAAAAGGUUAAGAGCCUCUGCAUAUAGUAGGUUACAAUUUCAUUAAUCUGAAAAAAUAUGUCUUUGUUAAAAUUAUAAUGAAUUUAAUCGAAAAUCAUAUUUUUGAUGGGUUUUCUUUACCCAAUGAAAAAAACUUUUUUUUUAAAUAUAUCUGGGUGGUAGGUCCCUUUACUAAUUCAUUGUGUCAUAUUUGUGAAUAAAAUAUCACAGUUUAAUCAUGGAUUGUGUUAAAAUUUAUUUGCAGCCUAAAGACCUAUGUUUAUGAACUAGUAAAAACUAAGCUGAUGGAAAGAGCGUGGAGCUUUCUGUGUGCUGCUAACAGUUUCCCAAUGUUAUUUGGUGCACCUGCUGCAGGUUGGUAGAUAACAUGCAAUGAUUCUCCAUGCCUUGUUCAGUGCUGUUUUGUGUACCAUUCCUAUACCUGAUCGAAGUGGCUAUUCGCACCCGGGUACCAGAAGUGAGAGGUUGGGAUUAAAAAACUAUUUAAAAUAUUAUUGUUGGGUUUGUAAGACAAAAUGAGGUAUCAAAUGAAAGAUAAUUGAAUGGACUAUAUGUUUGUAAACUUAAUUCUUCAGUUAAACUAAAAUAAACUACCACAAAUGACAUCCGAAUAGCAUUUAGUCAAAAAGGACCCGGACACUCAGCGCCGCCAUUCGGACAUGGGUCCCAUUAGUGGUAAUUUAUUUUAGUUAAACCAAAGAAGUAAGUUUACCAUUCAAUUAUCUUUCAUUUGAGACCUCAUUUUGUCUUACAAACCCAACAAUAAUAUUUUAAAUAGUUUUUUAAUCCCAACCUCUUACUUUUUAAACCUGGGUGUGAAUAAUCACAGCCUUACAUUAUAUGCCAAAAUAAAACAUUCGUCUAAUCACUGUUUUGUACAAUUAUUAACAAAUUAAGUCUAGGAAAGACUGUUUCUCUUUGUUACUCUAAGAAAAUCAGAUAAAUACUCUGUAGAUACUACAAUCUGUAACCAAAAAAAAAUAUUUUAAAAGAAAUAAGCUGUUGUAUAUUUCCAUUUGCAAUUUAAGCUGCAGCUCAUGAAUUGUUAUAAUUCUCCAGCUCUUAACACAAUAAUUUUCUUGAUCUCUGCCAGAACAUAGGUGGUUGUCUGUUGGACAAACCUUACACAAAUGUGUUGAUAGCUUAAAAUAAUUUGUACAUGGCUCUUUUAAGUAUUAUACAGUUUUAAAGAAUUAUUCUUUUUAUAAAUUUUAGCUUAUUUUCAUCCUCAGCAUAUUUGAAUGAGAGCUAUGAGUCAAAGGUCGCUGGCUACAUACUAGCAGGUGUGGCAAUGAUGGUGGGAGGUCUCUUGUUUUAUGCCAUGCCAUUCUUUGAGCGACACCCGUCCAAUCAUGAAGUUCUUCAGAAACACAGCAGCUGCCAGUAUCCUGCUCACAUAACUGAGGCUGCUGCCCUCCUAGACAUUGAUUUCUCUGAAGGCUGUCCAAGUGGCAAACACAACAUCAUGACUCACAAUGGGCACACCCCCAUUAAACUCAGCAAGCACAGCACAAACAGCUCUAACAGCAAAAGUGAUGGAGGGGGCGUGCGAGUCCAGCUACAAUGUUUUGUCCAGCACAAAGAAAGGGAUAAACCUAAACAGGCCGUCCUCACAAAAAUCACAGAAGAAAAAGAUGGCAUCAAGAGUAAUGGCUCCACUGGGGAAUUUUCAAAGAAAGGUGGAGCUGGUGGCAGCACAUCCAACCAAGUGGAGCUAAGUGUCACCAAAGCUGACUACUCUGAGUCCAUGACGGAUGGGCCUUCAGACAGCACCUUUUCAAACAACACAGAUAAAUCCAGCAGUAAAGAUAAUGGGGACAGAAGCUAUGGGAAGCUGGAGGGGAAGAAGAGUAAGAAGAAUGAUGUGAGGAUUGAUCUGUUUGAUCCACCGAGCCAAGAGAAAGAGUCCACAGCCACAGUGUCUUAUGAUAGUGAUUUGUACAUUAAUUUAUGUGAAGCCCAAGUGUAA